AUGCGAACCUCGAAUUUGCCAUGGAGAUGCGCCCUGCUCCUUCUUGUGCGGUUGUGCUCAGCUGUUACGUCCUCACACAUGAAUCCUGCGAUCAAUGUUGACCUACAGGCUUCCUUUUCCGCCGGGCCUUUCUUGGUAGAGUUGCUAGAAACAGCAGCACUCGAGAAUUCGUCCUCCUAUUUUCCCCUGCUCGAUCGCAUCGCCGACGGCGUCUUUACGGAUCUACAUACGGAGCAAGAGCUGUACACUAAAUUUCUUGAUGUAUUACAAGAUGAGGCUCACAUAUCCAACCCCGAGUCGCUUUCCUCUUUCAAGUUUGCCCUUGCUCUCCAUGCUGCGGCGCCUAGGGUCGAGGCUCAUUUCCAAUACUACAACAACUCCGUCCAACCCCAUUUGAUGGCUGCUCAGGAUGCCGUUUGUCCUGUCUGGGUCUACCUGGAUGGUCAGCAAUUCUGCUCACCUGCUCUGGACCGUGCUCAGCAGGGGGUGACAAUGCCAGAUGCUGACGACCAUCUCCCGUUCGAUCGAGUUCUUGGUACAUCGUCUGAGGGUCCUGCCUCGAUCCUAUACGCAGACAUCACUCAUCCGUUGUUUGGUCAAUUUCAUGGCGUCGUGAGCCAGACCGCAAGGCAGGGGAAAUCAACAUACAGGGUCCGCUACAGACCGUCGAGUCUUGAGUCACCGAACCCGGUAUACGUUUCCGGGUACGGCGUCGAGUUAGUACUGAAACGAACCGACUAUAUCGUUAUUGACGACCGUGACGCUCAGAAGCCGGAAGCUGUUGCCUCGAAUCAGCUGUCGUUGGAAGACGCCAAGGACGACAACCUCAAAGACCUCAAACCAUUGACUACUUCCGAGGUGAUAAACCUUGGUCUGAACGCUGCCCACUUCAUCGCGGCAAGCUCAGAUCCCCUUGAGACCCUGCUGCAAGUGACGUCGGAUUUUCCCAAGUAUUCAUCCCUCCUUGCUUCAGCCGAUGCCAGCAAAGAAUUCAUCCUAGAACAUCGCGGGAAUCGAGAGCGGUUCUUGCCUUCAGGCUACAACGUGUUUUGGAUCAACGGCGUACAGAUUGAGCCCCGCCAGAUCAAUGCCUACUCCCUGCUCGACCACUUGAGAAGGGAAAGGCGCAUUAUUGGCGAGCUCAAAGACCUCGGAUUGACCUCCUCGGAAGCUAUAAGUCUCCUCUCCAGCGAAGUGAUUGCUGAGGCACAGACCAACGAACUGCCGCAGCGGUUUGACUGGCGCGAUGACUCCGAGUCUAACGAGGUCUUGAUGUGGCUGAAUGAUCUUGAGCAAGAUAAGCGCUAUAAUGCAUGGUCCAAAUCUCUACGCACUUUAUUCCAGAGAACGUAUCCGGGCCAACUGCCCCAGAUAGCCCGCGAUAUCCACAACCUCGUCGUGCCCAUUGACAUGGGUAAUAUUAAGGACAUUGAGCUGGUUGCCACAUCACUGCAAAAUUUGGUGAGACGGUCAGUGCCAAUGAGAAUUGCUCUUAUACCCACCGGUACAGGUGAGACAGCGAACACCUAUGCCAAAGUUGCUUACCACAUCUUGGACACAUAUGGCUUGACAGCCCUCAUGAAUUUCUUCUCUGACGUCGUCGCCUCCAAGAAACUGGUCUCGAACCCGGAGAAAAGUUUUGACAACGCGAUUAGAGGUCGUGCCGUCCGACAAGGGAAACACUCGCAACCCUACCAGGCUGUCCUGGACGAUGAAAGUCUUAGUCUACAACUGCAGGCGAGAGAUGACUACCUCAAGCGCUUGGCCUUGGACGGUCCGGACCCGCCAUUCCUGGUCAAUGGAGUCGUCCUUCCGCGUAUGGACAAUUGGUUCGAGCUUAUGAGUGCCCGACUGUACUCGGAUGUCCAAAUCCUACAACAAGCGGUCCUGCAAGAAGCCAUUUUCGAAGAAUCCUGGAUACCCGAGUUCUUUCUCUUUCAGGCUGUCAAGAGCCGCAAUGAGUUGGUGUUUCCCAAUGAUCCAAAGGAUGUCAAUAUCGUCGAUGUUGGCCUGCUAAUGACCCAAUUCGCCGAUGUGUUUGCUCGGCUGCCUAGAAUCGUUGGCUCUGAGGCGACGUUAUUGAGUGACCGAGCUCACCUCUUCGUUAUUGCCAACAUCGACUCCGAACGCGGCCGAGGCUUGAUUUCGGAGGCACUGUUGUUUUCUCAACGUUACCCGGAAAUAGAGAUUCUGCUACUACACAAUCCGAGCGGUGAAACGCAGAACUCCAACUAUGCCAAUGCCUUGCACGCACUUGUGCAGAACGGUGCCCGCGACGUGACAGUUGCACAACUUCAGCACCUGCUCAGCGACGACCACACCACGUCGGCAGAUGGCUCAAGUGAGUCUUCUGCUGAAUUCUGGUCUUCAACAGCAAUGCUAGCGCAAGGUCUUGGAUUGUCAGGAGGCCAGAAUGGAUUGUGGCUCAAUGGCCGCCUCCUCGGGCCCAUUGAACAGCCUUUGAGGAGUGCUGAUCUAGAGUCAUUGCUCGAUGUAGAACGAAGGGAAAGGAUGGCUCCGGUCACAACUGCUAUCACCGGGCUUGCGUUGGAGGACCGGUUCUCUGACGCCUUGAGUCUUGCCAAAGUGAGCUCGCUUGUCGCUCGAUCCCUUAAAUCCGAUCUCCCAGAAGGUUUGAGGGAGUCUGCACCUCUCAUCAGGAUGGAUCGAUUCAAGAUCUGGAACGGCACCCACACGUCGAUCAACCUCUCCAACUCGCAGGACCCAACCAUCCAGAUUGUUGCCGUCCUCGACCCAGCUUCCGAAAUUGUGCAGCAAUGGGUGCCAAUCCUGCGAACCCUGUCGCAAGUUAACGGCGUGAGCGUCCGAAUCUUUCUCAACCCCAAGGACAGACUGACCGAGCUGCCUGUCAAACGAUUCUUUCGCCAGGUGAUCAGCGCAGAGCCAAGCUUCAACUCUGAUGGCUCACUCGCAAGCCCCAAGGCUUCGUUCAAUGGUAUCCCCAGAGAUACACUUUUCAACCUUGGGAUGAUAGUCCCACCGUCGUGGUUGGUGGCUCCAAAGAAAUCCAUCCACGAUCUUGACAAUAUCAAGCUUAGCAGCCUCGUGGAGGGCGACGAUAUCGAUGCCACGUAUGAGCUUGAGCACAUUCUUAUUGAAGGGCACGCGCGUGAUGUCACGAACGGCCCACCACCGCGUGGUGUACAGCUGUUACUGGGGACCGAGCAGGAGCCUCAUUUCACAGAUACUAUUGUCAUGGCUAAUUUGGGAUACUUCCAAUUCAAAGCCAACCCGGGAUACUGGCAGAUAUCGUUGAAGCCUGGCAGGUCAUCAAAGAUCUUUAACAUUGAGAGUGUUGGACCCUAUGGCUACUCCGCCAAACCGGGUGACGAGACGACUGCAGUCGCCCUAUUAUCCUUCCAGGGUUUGACCUUGUUUCCUCGUCUGUCUCGCAAGCCUGGCAUGGAAGAGGAAGAUGUGCUGGAAGCCUCUGCAUUCGGUGGAGCCAUGGACUACCUCAGCAAAGGCGCAUCAUUUGCCUCCUCGGCACUUUCCUCGUUGGGCUUCAAAAAAACCUCGACCAAUGCUGACAUCAACAUAUUCUCCGUGGCCUCUGGACAUCUAUACGAGCGGAUGCUCAACAUCAUGAUGGUGUCUGUAAUGAAGCACACCAAGCACAGCGUGAAGUUCUGGUUCAUCGAGCAGUUCCUGUCGCCGUCAUUCAAGACCACGCUCCCGUGUCUGGCCGAGCAUUACGGCUUCGAGUACGAGAUGGUCACAUACAAAUGGCCGUAUUGGCUACGAGGACAGAGGGAAAAACAGCGGGAGAUCUGGGGCUAUAAGAUUUUGUUUCUUGACGUGCUCUUCCCGCUCGACCUGGACAAAGUCAUCUUCGUGGAUGCUGAUCAAAUUGUCCGGACCGACAUGAUGGAGUUGAACAAGGUGGAUCUGAAGGGAGCCCCCUACGGAUUCACCCCCAUGUGCGACUCGCGCACGGAAAUGGAAGGCUUCCGCUUCUGGAAGCAAGGAUACUGGCAGACAUACCUCCGAGGAAAGCCGUACCACAUUUCGGCCCUGUACGUCGUCGACUUGAAACGCUUCCGCCAGCUUGCGGCGGGCGAUCGACUGAGACAGCAGUAUCAAGCCCUUUCCGCCGAUCCGGCCAGUCUGUCCAACCUGGACCAAGAUCUGCCCAACCACAUGCAACAUAACCUGCCGAUUCACAGCUUGCCCCAAGAGUGGCUAUGGUGCGAGACGUGGUGCAGCGACGAAUCGCUCGCCAAAGCAAAGACGAUUGAUCUCUGCAAUAAUCCCCAGACCAAGGAACCGAAGUUGGACCGAGCGAGACGACAGGUUCCCGAAUGGACGCAAUACGACGAAGAGAUCGCCGCAGUCAUUCGAGCUGCAAAGGCAAAGCAGGACACGGAGGGGAUCAACACUGUAGCUGGGCACGAAGAUUUGAAUGAGGCCGAUGAGGCGAGCCAGAAGAAUCUGGUCAGCGAUGAGAGGGUUAGGGACGAGUUAUGA